AUGCAUGGCAAAGCACCACAGGCGAUUUGUAUCAGCGGGUACUUCAUGGACGUAUCGAGUGCGUUCCAAAAGACGCGCGGAGAGCAGGAAGAUGCACUGGAGUUUUUGGAGUUUUUCUUGGAGUAUUUGCACGCAGAGUACGAAAAGAGUGGUCUACGUUUGCCUGCCUCGUGUGAAAAGCAGACAAAGCGGGCUCCUGUGACUGAGCAGAAUGAAGCUAGUUUGGACGCGGAAGCUAAGAGUGCUCAAGCGUUCGAUGACGGCUGGAGAGAGGGUGCACUACGCUCCGAGCUGAAGCAGAUCGGGAAGAGACAAAGUUCGAUUACUGUGGAACCGUUUCACUGCUUGCACUUGAACCUCGAUUACAAAACACACCAUGCAGGCGAGAAUGGCACAGUUAAUUCAUCCGACGCGUCAACUACUGUUGAGGGGAUGAUCCGUAAUUCAUUCGACGUCGAGGUGAUCGAAGACGCCGACCAGGUCCCUAUGAUGAAGAAGAAAACGACAGUGGAUUCCCUAUUCGUUGUGUUGACGCUGAGCGUGUAG